UGCAAAGUUGACAUGCAAAUCUUUUGUAAAAAUAUCGCUUCUUUCGAAGAAGUUUUCGUAUACUUUUCAUGAAAAGAUUAGCUUGAUUUCAUAGUUUAUUGAAUGGGGGACGUCUGUUUCACUCAUGUCAUAAAAAUAGAUUCUGUUCGCUUCGAAUCGAGCGUGUAAAUUGAAGUUUACGAAACAGGAAGACUGGAGACUGUUCGGAUGUUUUGAUUGAACAAAAUGGCGACCCAAAGCGUGAACGUCAGUUUGGACGAUAUUGACUUGUCCAGAUUGAGGGACCCUGCUGGCAUUUUUGACCUGAUUGAAGUCGUUGGCAAUGGAACCUAUGGCCAGGUUUACAAGGGAAGCCACACGAAGACUGGUCAGCUGGCGGCCAUUAAAGUGAUGAAUGUCACUGAGGAAGAGGAAGAAGAAAUCAAGCUGGAAAUUAACGUCCUUAAAAAGUAUUCUCACCACCGGAAUAUUGCCACCUACUACGGAGCUUUCAUCAAGAAAAGCCCCGCUGGCAAGGAUGAUCAGCUCUGGUUGGUGAUGGAAUACUGUGGUGCAGGAUCAGUCACAGAUCUUGUCAAAGCUUCCAUGAAGGAAGACAGAACCACAAAAGGCAACACCCUGAAAGAGGAGUGGAUUGCCUAUAUAGCUAGGGAAAUCCUUCGGGGCCUAGCACAUUUGCAUGCCAACCGCGUUAUUCACAGGGAUAUCAAGGGCCAGAAUGUGCUGCUCACAGAUAAUGCUGAAGUCAAACUCGUUGACUUUGGUGUGAGCGCUCAGCUGGACAAAACCAUUGGGCGAAGAAAUACAUUUAUCGGAACACCUUACUGGAUGGCACCAGAAGUGAUUGCCUGUGAUGAUAACCCUGAUGCCACUUACGACAACAGAAGUGACCUAUGGUCCUUAGGUAUUUCUGCAAUAGAAAUGGCAGAAGGAAAACCUCCACUCUGUGAUAUGCACCCAAUGAGGGCCUUAUUUCUCAUUCCCAGGAACCCACCACCUCGACUUAAAUCUUCAAAAUGGUCAUCGAGGUUUCAUAAUUUCGUUGAGACGUGCCUGUUGAAGGAUUACACACAGCGGCCAAACACUGAGCAACUCCUGAAGCAUCCAUUCAUACGUGACCAGCCCACGGAGCGACAGGUCCGCAUACAACUCAAGGACCACAUUGACAGACAUAAGAAAAACAAAAGGAUUGAGGAUCAUGACACGGAGUAUGAAUAUGAAGGGAGUGAUAAUGAGGAAGAGGAGGAGAAACCAGGAGAACCAAGUUCCAUUCUACAAAUUGGGCCAGGGGAAUCCACCCUGCGCCGCAACUUCGCUAGGAUUCAGGAGAGGGAAUCAAAGUCACCGUAUGCCGUGCCAAAUAUUAACCCCCGCCCCGUACCCGUGAAACAGCCCCAGGGUCAGCCACCCCCUGGGAGGGGACACGGUGACAACCAUGACCGACACCACGGCCACCAUCCCCAUCAUCACCAGCAACAACAGCAGCGACCGAACUCAGGGGCUCAAGGCCAAAGGCCUGUUUCUAAUCAGUUCCAGCCACCAACCAGACACGCUGUUCAUGAACAGUUACCCAGCAAACCUAUGCAGCCUAGAAUCAUAGAUGAGGAAGAGGAAAAGGGGCAAGAUAAAGCCAUAGAAAACGAGGAAAAUACAGAAGAUUCCCGAGCCGUCCCUGGCCAACUCCAUGGCUCACCUCACGAAGUGAGAAACUCCGCCAUGUAUCGGCCAAACCAGGCACAGUCAUCCGCCAACAAACCUGAGGACCUAGACUUACUAGCAGCACAGCUGAAUGAACUCGGAGCUGAGAUUCGCCCACCAGCUCGAACUGUUGUCGUUGCUGAUGAUGAAGCCAGCGACGAUGAAGAUGAAGAAGAGGAUGAUGAAGUCGGAGCACUGAAUCGUGACGGUACACUUCCUGCUUCCGAGCCCCCAAGGCCUCUUCCUCCAGAGGGCUACAACCGGGACACCUUGAAAACAUUGUCGUCCAUGGUUGUACAUGAAGUUGAUACACCAACUGGACCAAGUCCACAGAAUCGACAAGAGCAGGAGAGAAAUCGGGAAAACCGAUACCGCGACCAGGAUGACGAUGAUGACGGGACUCUGGUGCUGAGAAGGAACAAGGACCAGGAUGAGGGCAAGCGACAUCGACACUCAGACCGCGACAUCCAGCGUAAUGGGGGACAGCACAAGAGUGCCCAGAAAAUGUCCUCUAACUCUUCCUUUCCUGGGGCCCUCGCUGGGGGACCGGCCCAGUCUCCUAGACACAGUGCCAGUAGUGGAGUGUUACCUGACCUACUGCCACCCCACACCCCCCCACAGUCAAGAUCACCUCAAAACCUGAGUGGACAACGACCCCAGGACAAAACAACAUCAGAUGAGAAUUUGCAUCGACAGGCAGUUGACCAAAAGUACCGACAGGCGGUCAGCAAGAACCCAUCGAUGCGACAUCAGCGGUCAUUCUCAGCAUUUGGUUUUGGGGCCAGCAGUGGAUCGACAGUGGGCUCACAGUCAAGUCAGACAAGUCAGACCCGGCGGGGCUCACAGAUCAAUGUAAAUGUUGCGCCCACUCAGACGCAGGAGUCCAUGUCGGAUACGCCCGAGAUCAGGAAAUACAAGAAGAGAUUUAACUCAGAUAUACUCUGUGCUUCCUUGUGGGGUGUGAAUCUGCUGAUAGGGACAGACAGUGGAUUGAUGUUGUUAGAUCGGAGCGGUCAAGGCAAAGUUUACUCAUUGAUCAGUCGACGUCGGUUCCAGCAGAUGGAAGUGCUGGAGAAUCAGAACAUUCUUGUUACAAUCUCCGGCAAGAAAAACAAGAUCAGAGUCUACUACCUGUCGUGGCUCAAGUCUAAAAUAUUCAAGUCGGAAGGGAAUGACAAGAGAAAUGGCUGGGUGAAUGUCGGAGAGCUGGAAGGGUGUGUUCAUUUCAAAAUAGUGAAGUAUGAGAAAAUCAAGUUCCUUGUGAUCGCCCUGAAGGAAAGUAUAGAAAUCUACGCCUGGGCCCCGAAACCUUACCACAAAUUCAUGGCCUUCAAGUCUUUUGGAGACUUGAACCAGCGACCUUUGAUUGUUGACCUGACAGUUGAAGAAGGUCAGAGGCUAAAGGUCCUGUAUGGGUCAAAGAUGGGCUUCCAUGCAGUAGAUGUUGACACGGCAACCUUGUAUGACCUCUACAUUCCACAGCAUACCCAUGGUCCAAUAGUCCCUCACACCAUUGUGAUUUUACCCAACACAAACGGAAUGCAAGUUCUGCUGUGCUAUGACAAUGAGGGAGUGUAUGUGGAUUCUACUGGCAAGGUGACAAAGAAUGUUGUUCUGCAGUGGGGAGAGCUACCCACAUCUGUUGCAUACAUUGGUACGGGCCAGAUAAUGGGUUGGGGAAAUAAAGCAAUAGAAAUCCGUGCGGCCGAGACUGGUCAUCUGGAUGGUGUGUUCAUGCACAAGAAGGCUCAAAAAUUAAAAUUCCUGUGUGAGAGAAAUGACAAGGUAUUUUUCUCAUCUAUGAGGUCAGGGUCAUCGUGUCAGAUCUACUUUAUGACAUUAAGUAGACCAGGAUUGGCCAAUUGGUGACACUGAGCUAUUUCCUGCAGACAGUGCUAGCCAAUCAACGUUAUUGUUACAAAUUUGUCAAGGAUUGUCUACUGACUAAUGAGUGAUGCUGUUGCAUUUGCUUCAAAGGCGGUUAGCCAAUCAUAUGACUUGUUAUAAAAUGUGCAAUCAUUUUCCUA